UGUUGCAAGCAAGUGUCGCUUUUUCAAAGAGAGGAAGGAAAAAAACUGAUCGACGAUGUAGAGAUUCAUCGCGGUCAUGUUAUCCUAGAUUUGGGCUGUGGCACAGGAGAAUUGUCUGCGUAUCUGUCCGAGCUCGUCCGACAAGAUGGAAGAGUCGUUGCCAAACUCUUUUACACUGGUACAUUUCCUUACGCUUGCACGGCCUCUACAAUACCUUCUUUUCUGCUUUUUAUUCAAAACAUUAAUAUAAUGAUUUAUUUCUACUUGUGCGUCUUCAACAACAACGGCAGCAAUCCAUCGUUCUGUGAAGAACAGCUUUCCGCCACUGGAGCACGCAACGGCUUUGGUUGGAUAUCUUUCACGCAUCGCUUGGUAGUUAACAAGUGAAAAAAAAACAGCAAUAACAACCGUAGAAAAAACGCUCUAUUUCCGGCUCGAUUGAUUCCUUGCGUAAAUCACUCAUACUGUGUGGAGUCCAUCGUUUUCCUAUCAACCACGCAAUAAAAAAAGUAGAAUUAAUCCAUUCUCCCAGAGGUCAUUAUUUGGCGACCAUGCCGCUGACAAGGAGCCAAAUUGACCCUGGCUUUGGGGUCUUGACAAAAGACAGCCAGAGGUCUUCAGGUGGUCUGGCACUAUUUAUUAGUGCCAGAUCCCUUGCGGACGUCUCACAGGCACGCUUUACCCAGAUUCGGUCGCUUGAGCAAGUGAUCAGAAUGUCCAAUUCCAAACAUGUUGCAAAGAGUUAUCAGCAAUUGUCGCUUAUUCAAAGAGAGCAUGGAAAAAAACUGAUCGACGAUGUACAGAUUCAUCGCGGACAAGUUAUCCUAGAUUUGGGCUGCGGCACUGGAGAAUUGUCUGCGUAUCUUUCCGAGCUCGUAGGACAAGAUGGAAGAGUCGUUGCCGUUGAUCCCGACAGUUAUCGAGUAGAAGUGGCGCGAGAAUCACAUAGGGAAGUCAAAAAUCUCGCAUUUCAUGAAGGAAGCUCUGCCAGCUUCCCAGGAAUGGGCUCGGAGACUUACGACAUGGUCUUCUCCAACUUUGUGUUGCACUGGAUUCAGGAUAAAGAAGAAGCUUUUAAGAACGUAUUUCGGAGUCUGAAACCAGCAGGGAAAAUUGUCGUGAGUUACGGCGAUCGCUUACUUUCCAUCAUCGAUAAAAUUUAUCGAGAACUUCAAAACUCAGAAAGCAUGGAGCGUAUGCUAAGCAAACUCUAUUUCGAGAGAAGGUCAAAAAUCGAAGAGAUAUGUUCGGCUGCGGGGUUCGAAAUUGUAAAAAGUGUCGACGUCAAAAUGGAGGAUCUUGAGUUCGAAGAUGUUGAAAGCCUGUGCUCAGUUAUCUCGGCAACCAAUCAAGGCAGGUUUGUUUCAGAGCUAGCCACGAGAGAUAAGAUAUCGAGGUUUUGUGCCCAGUAUACAAGCGGGGAAAAUUCUAAACCGUUAACGUUUUUCAUGGAUGAAGAUUAUUUCUACGUGUUGAUUGCAUCCAAACCAUAGAGAAGGAGACGGCCUUUUAGAUUAUAAUUGAAAUUGCAAUUAGAAAAGGUUGUUUAAAAUUUCAGUCCAAUCUGGAAUAUGUCGUUUUUAACUUUAAUUUUGUGGUGUAAACAAAACUUAUUACCAUUUCUUUUAAGUCUGCGGAGCGCUAAGCAGAUUGCGUGUCAACAGCGAAGAAUUUUUGUCCCUGAUGGAACUGCUUUGUAUCGAUGAGGAUCGGUUCAAGCAGUAAGCUUUGAUUUUGCUUUCUCUGAAAACAACUGGUGCGAUCUCGCUACUUGUAGGCAAUUAAACGAUGUCGUCAGUUUAGUUAGUUCUUACAUCAGACAAUAUUUUUGUCACAGAGUGUUGAUUUAGUCAUGUUGCGGUGUAGGUUAUGGUUGGUUGCGUGAAAUGUCAGAGUACUUUUCAGCUACUGCGCAGGCGCGUAACACAAGGUUGUCACGGUCAGAUGAAGUGGUAGUUCGUUUAGCAGGCUUCAUUGUGGGGUAAGGGCGUGUUAAUUAUUAUUUCUUAAGGGGGUAGGGGAGGGAGUUUGUUAACGAAA